AGCCGUUCGUACGUGAGUGUGCGUGUGAUAACGUCACUUCAUAGUUGCGACGUCCAGCGGUGUACCAGUUUUUGUUUUUUUACAGAUCUCUACAUAUGUCCUUUACAGACUCAAAUCGUUACACAUAAAUGCAAUAAUUAUUUAAUCACACUCGAUAAUUGGUUCCACUUUACCCGAGUCCCAACAGACUUCGUCGAGCGACAAUGUUAUAAUACCAGAGCUCGAUUAUAACAUUAAUCGUUAAUAUUUUAACAAAUCACCAGUGACUACAUACACAUAAUAUAUAUAUAUACAUAUAUAUUAUAAACAUAUUUGGGUACGCGGCACUUAGCUCAGUCCUUGAUGUCAUCAUUCUCGAUCAGUUCCGGUCACCACACAUUGUACGGCACCAAAGAUAACUUGGUGGACCAAGACUUUAAUUGGCAUUGUUAUAAUAACUUUAACAACCAUCAAAAGAAGUGCAAUAACAUGUCGCAGUGCGACGUUACAGAAGCCGGAGUCCCGCUCAACUCGCCUGCUUUUCUUUCUUGGCGUAAACUUCAAUUAAGUAGAGCUAAACUCAAGGCUUCAAGCAAAACAUCAGCGCUUUUAUCAGGCUUUGCUAUGGUGGCAAUGGUAGAGAUGCAAAUUAGCGAUGAUUCUAAAGUACCAGAAGGAAUGCUUAUAGCAUUUGCUGUAUGUACCACCCUUUUAGUUGCUGUUCACAUGUUGGCUCUUAUGAUAAGUACAUGUAUUUUACCAAACAUUGAUGCUGUAUGUAAUCUCCACUCGGUAAGUCUCGUACAUGAAGCUCCACAUGAACGUCUACAUUGGUAUAUAGAAACUGCAUGGGCGUUUUCAACACUCCUUGGUCUUUUAUUGUUCCUAGCUGAAAUUGCCAUACUAUGUUGGGUCAAAUUUUAUGAUAUAUCUAAAUAUGCAGCAUGGUCUGCUGUGAUUAUGUUGAUCCCUGUCCUAGUGAUAUUUUUAGCAUUUGCAAUACAUUUCUACCAAUCGAUGGUAGCCCAUAAGUAUGAAGUGACUGUGAGUGGUAUUAGACAAUUAGAGCUUCUAAAAGAACAGAUUGAAGCUGGGGACUUAGAACGCACAAAUGGAUUAUUACUGAAUACGCCAAGUACACAAAUUGUUUGACAUUACCUUCAAGUGAGCAAAUGUCCUAAAUAACCGUUCAGUUCUUAUAAUAAAUAUAAUUUAUAAUGGUG